AUGGCCCAACCAACCACCACCCCGUCGUCUGCCAAAAUCGUCGACGACAAGAUGGACCACAACGACAUCGAGUCGGGAUACGUCUCGGGCCACUCCGACUACUCGCCGUCGCCCUCCAAGAGGUCUCGCCCCAAUGUCUCCCUCACCAAGGAGCACGUCCAGUACCUCAACCAGCAGAUGGAGCCCAUGCAUCCAAUGGACAUCCUCCGCUUCUGCAAAGUCAUGUUCCCCAACCUGUACCAGUCGACGGCCUUUGGUCUGACCGGCCUCGCCACUCUCGACAUGCUGUCCAAGAUUCAGCACGAGAACCCAGGCUCCAAGCCCGUCGACCUCAUCUUUCUCGACACCCUGUACCACUUCCGGGAGACGCACGACCUAGUCGACCGCGUCAAGGAGCGGCAUCCCGACGUCACCGUCCACGUGUUCAAGCCGCACGCUGCCGAGACGGCCAAGGAGUUCGAGGAUACGUACGGCGAGGAGCUGUACAAGGUCGCCGGGGAUAUGUACGACUGGAUCGUCAAGGUCGAGCCCCUAGAGCGGGCGUACGACGAGCUCAAGGUCGCCGCCGUCCUCAACGGCCGUCGUCGGUCUCAAGGCGCCGCCCGCGGGUCCAUCCCCGUCAUCGAGUUUGACGACGAGCGCGGCAUCAUCAAGAUCAACCCCAUGGCCACCUGGACCUUUGCGCAGGUCAACGAGUACAUCAAGCAGAACAAGGUGCCGUACAACGUGCUCCUGGACCGGGGGUACAAGUCCAUCGGCGACUGGCACUCGACGAGCCCCGUCGGCGAGGGCGAGGAUGAGCGUGCCGGGCGCUGGAAGGGCCAGUCCAAGACGGAGUGCGGCAUCCACAACCGGAAGUCGAGGUACGCCCAGUUCGCCGGGGAGCCGGGCCAGAAGGACGAGUCGGGCGGUCAAGUGGUGGCGCCCGUCUGA